ACCGCCUAGUGUCUCUCGGCGAGCCUACACCACCACAAAUCAAACUCAGUCAGCGCCCGGUGGAGAGAAGAGGAAGAUGAGAGGUAGAGAGGCGUCAAUGGACGGAAAGCCCUUGUGACGCCAAUGGGCAAAAAAGAGAACAUCUAUAUUUGAUUACAUCCACCAUGGACUCAACACGUUCCGUUUCUGUCGCCAUCUGGACAGAUGAGAUCCGCGCAGGACCGGAGACCUGCUCCUUAUUGUGAUCUGAAGCAGUCCGCCAGCGUUUCAGCGGUGCGUCGAGGCGGUCCGGGACGCGGGGCGCACCGCUCAGAGCCGCACCGCUUCAACUGCGGACCGAAGAGGAUCGGCUCCGUUUGAGCGCAGCUAAAACCCGUGGUCUGAAGGUUAUCUUCACCAUGAGGGCUCUUUCAGCUAACUUGUUCGCCUUGCUCAUACUGUGCGCCCUCGCCAGUAUUUUCUACGUGUGGAGCGCACUGGAGAGCCGCUUGGAGCAACACAAGCGGAGGUUCUCUGGAGCGGACGGAGGGUCUGUGCACCAAAGUCUUUCAGAGGACCUCUCCACGAAAACUUUCCGAGCUCUGCUCGCUGUUCCAGCGGCACAUAUACCGCACUUGGGGGCGAGAUUUAAGGUUCACAAUCUCACUAGUCAAGCUGCACCCGCGGAAAGUCGGAAUUAUCACGCGAAUGGUGAUAAGAUGUCAAUUGGAUGGGAGGAUCCGGUUGAUGAUGGGAUAUUUUGGAGUAAAUGGCUGGAAGAUCUCUUCUCUGUCGGGUUCACAGAGGAAUAUGCUCGGGAUUGGAGGCAGAAAGCUAGGGCAUCACGAGUAAUGAGGCUUGAGCCUGGAUGCGGCAGGAUAUCCAAUCAGCUGGCCACAUUGGCUGACGGGACCAAGGCGUGUGUGCGUUAUGGGAUAAACGCGGACCAGGUGCAAGGAGAAACUUUGACGUAUUACCUUGCCAGUUUGCUGGGCAUCACAAACCUGCCUCCUCUCAUCCUGUCCCGGCUGAGCAGAGACAGCGAGCAGUGGGCCGCCGUGAGGACGCGGGUCGGCGGGCUGCAGUGGAGUGAUGGAGCCGUGGUCUCCCUCACGGAGUGGAUCUCAAACCUGACCGGGGUCGUUACUCCUGCGCCGCUCAGGCAGCAGAGCAGCGGGCUGCAUCCUGCGCUGGAGGGGCUCAGGAACAAGUCCACCCAGGAGCUGCUGCAGCUGAUGCAAUGGACCGACCUGAUCAUAUUCGAUUACCUGACUGCAAACUUCGAUAGACUCGUCAGCAAUCUGUUCAGCCUGCAGUGGGACUCGCGCGUGAUGGAGAGGGACACGAACAACCUCCUCCAAACCCCCCGCGGUGACCUUGUGUUCAUAGACAACGAGGCCGGACUCGUGCACGGCUUUCGCGUGUUGAGCAUGUGGGAGAAAUAUCACAAUUCAGUCCUGAGCUCCGUGUGCGUGUUCAGGAGAAGGACCACGCAGCGCCUGGCAGAGCUGCACAGGCGCAGAGACUGCAGGCAGCGGCUGCUGGAGCUCUACAGAGACAGCGAGCCUUUGUCACAAGAAUUAGGAUUUCUCUCCGACGAGCACGCGGGGGUUCUCCAGGACAGGAUAGACAGAUUGUACAAACACAUUUUGCAUUGCAAAGGAAAGUACAGCCAGCUGUGAGGACUCUGCGUGCACAGGUGAUGGAUUUGUUGCCUGCACGCUACGAUGAGCUUUGGUUCACCUGCGCAUAAUUGAUUAUACAGCAGUCUUGAAUUAUCCAACUUAACUACCUCUUGUGAAUAGAAUGCGUUGCCUACUUAAUGUAUAAUAAAAAUUUAAAAAGCCUCCCAUUAGAUAUUUUCUCCUGGCUUUAAGCCUCCUGCAUUAAGGAGAACUCUGGGUGAUGCAUUUGUUUUAUUCUCACCUCAAUAUGAACAAAUGUGGAGUUGUAUGUGAUGCAGCUCGAUGGUCUCACCUUGUGUUCUGUGCAUCCCAGUGACACACUCCUAAGCCUUAAACUAUAAGUUGAGUUUUUUUGUAUUUAUGAGGAAAGUUAGCUUUUUUUUCUUGACACUAAUUUGCACACAUUGUGAUAGCUAGCACCUGCACUCUUGUCAAUGUGUUUGGAUUGUAUUUUCAGCCUUAAAGUCACACGUUUGUGAUGAAUUCUUCCUGUAAUUAUUGUAAAUAUUGACUGGCAACAGGUUUUUAUGCUGAAGUAAUUUAAUGUGCAUUGCAACAUUCCAAAAUAUUUUCUUUUUUUUAAAUACAUAGUGGUUUAAACUUG